AUGGCUUCUACAGAAAGCACGACCGAUCUGACCGACUCAUCACUUGUUACCGCAAUCGAGCAUCUUGCAUGGGGCCGUAACUCUGCUGGUUGCUUUCCACACAGGACGUGCAAGUGUCAAUAUCGGAAAGAUGGAACGCGUCUCUCUACCACUAGCUCAUUCCAAGCCGGAGCCCUUGGCGUCGAAAGCACGCCAAUAUUUCCAAACACAGACGAUGCUCAAAAAUUGGUCAAUUUCCACCUAUGUCAUCUGACAUGGCACCAUAAUUCCAUUCACAGUCCAACAUUUUUGGAACAGUGUGAGCGCUUUUGGCAACAUGGCGAAUUCGAUGAUCCAUUAUGGCAAGCUCUUUACUUCUCCGUCUUGAGCUCAACUGUGAGUUCUAUACAGGACAGUGCAAAAGCAAGAGAACGUGUCGAUGUGGAUUUGAACGCCGUACAGUCCGCGAAACAACUUUUCUCUUCUAUGGUCCAAAUCCUUUACCAAUCGAACUUUCUGGCCAAUCUAUCUCUUUACUCUGUCCAAGCUAUCGUUAUUUCCACUGAAGUUGCUCACAACCUCGGCCUGAGCCAGCUCAAUGCAACUCUCUUCAACGCCGGAGUGCGUAUCGCCGAAUGUCUAGGCAUCCAUAAAAUCCAGGAUCAUUCGUUAAAGCCCCCUCAAAAUAAAGAAGAAUGGGAAGACAAAGUGGAAAGAGAAGUUGGAAAAAGGGUUUGGUGCCAGAUGAUCAUCCAGGACCAUUUCGCUAUCCCCUUCACAGACUCCUACAGCAUCUCUCCAAUGCAUUUUUCGACAGGUCGUCCUAUGAACGCAGAGGAUCAUGAUAUGCGAGAUAUGCCAAUCACUCACCCUACAAUCAGCACAUAUAUCCGAGUCCUGGUGAAUCUGGCAGAAUUGAUGCCUGGCUUGGUUGAUGGAUUCGGCCCAAUGAAAGCCAGGAAGUCAAUGCGACAACAAUACGAACAUAUUCUCCAUAUCGAUCAGAAAAUGAGAGCGGUUGUGAAAAACAUUCCCUCGUUCCUGCUGCGACCAGACAAGGCUAAAGAAGAGCAGACCGUGUGGCUUGGCAUUGCUCGACGAAGUCUUGCGAUCACCGCAGCAGAGAAAAUCAUCAUGAUCCACCGGCCCUUUCUGUUCCGCUCUUUCCACGAUCAGAGAUACCAAUAUACAAGGCGGACAUGUGUUGCAGCAGCCAUGACCAUCCUGCGAGAGCACGAAGCGAUCGUGAGAGAAGAGGAUAUCUCUAUCUGGACACAUACCGCGUUCGCCAUCACAGCCGCCGUCAUCAUGUGCUUUGAAGUGAAUGCCACUGCUGAGAAUCAGAUUGAUAUUUCUCAGAGCUACAGAGAUGCAAUCCACGCAGCUCGCACUCGUCUUGCCGCUCGCAACAACGAUGUGCUUGCUCAGCGAGGCGUUGCUUUGAUCGAUGCAAUCUUCACCGCCGACCCAUUCAUGGGAGCCUCGGGUCACCGCCAAAGGGCGGUUGAUUUCGGCCAGAUCCUUGCGAAGUUUUCGAGCUUCACGCGUCUGAACAUACCGCCUGAUACACCAGAGACAUCUGUCGGUAGAUUCUCAGAUAUGGACUCCGGGGAUGUCAUUGGGGCACAUUUUGACCAAAUGCAGCCAGCAUGGGAUACAGCGGAAGAAAUUGACUUCGACGCUUGGUUCAGCGGGACGUUCCAUUCUCUACAGGACUCCUUAUAA